GUGUCAGCGUAGCAACUAAAGUCGAAGGGAAAGACUCAACGAAAUUCGCGGCGAAAUUGGCAGCAAAAUUCGCGGCGAAGUUGGCAGCGAAAACGGAAAGGAUCCCCCACUCAGCAGCGCGCCCACCCUUCGCAAUGGAAGCCAUGGAGGCAGUGGAUGCAGUGGAGGCCAGCGCCAAGGGCACCACGCAGGAGGACCUCAGCUACAUACAGCAACAUGCGGGAUACGCCUUGGCCAAGUCGUUGCUGUGGACCAUCAAGACGGACACGGCAGACCCCCUGGCCCUGCUAAGUGCGCACCUCGCCAACGUGGCCUCCUUCAACGCGAAAAAGAAAAAAAAAAAAAAAAAAAAAAUUUUAAUAAAGAAAAUAAACUCCUACAACAUAAAGAUACGGGAUGAAAUAAAGAGGACGUUUUGCCAGAGGAAGUUGGCGGACGUGUAUUCACUCGCCAAGAGGAGUGGCGAGAAGGACUGGUCGGAAGACUGCGUCCACUUGCUGCAGCUGAUAAAGCAGGUCUUCGAAGUGCAAAAUGUGUAUGUUGGUAGGACGUACCUGACGGGGCGGAAGAGGGGAAAAGACGCGCGAAAGGAAGCGAGAAAGAAAACGCUGCGAUUCACCCACUGCACUGAACACUGCAACUUGGGAAGCGACACCAUUCGUGGCCAACGAGUGAGCAGGAUUUUUAGUUCCACGGGGAGACACUCCAAGGGGGACCACUCUACUUCCUCAAAGCUUUUUCCAUUCGAAACAGGUUUCCUCUUCCCGCAUUUUGUGAGGCCCGACUUUUGCUAUGACGACCCUGGCGACGACCUGUUUGCGUGGGUAAACCCGCUCCACCAGGGGGGGAGCUGCGCCCGCAGGGUGAGGAGCGGCAUGGGGAAGGAGGAGGAAGAAAAAGAAGAAGAAGAGACCAAUGAGGAGGAUGAAGAAGAAGAGACCAAUGAGGAGGAUGAAGAAGAAGAGACCGAUGAGGAGGAGGAAGAAGAGGAAGAAGAAGAGGAAGAGGCGGAUGAGGAUGAAGCAGAAAACGAAAGGGAGAAAGACGACGCCGGGGAAGAACCACAGGAGCAGCCCCCCGGCGACGAACACAAGGGGAGCGACCACGACUCCACCGCUGACCCAAGUGAAGAAAAAAAAAAAACAGAAACAGAGAGCAACGAAGAGGAAGAACUACAAGCGGAACUGCUCAACACCCUACACAUGAACCUCUCCUACCACUGCUUUUAUAUUUAUGAGUCAAUGGGAGAGGAUGAUUCGUUCCUCUAUGGCAGUGGCAAACCAGGAGACUUUCUUUUGAUCCCCCUUGUCUAUUACUCCUACUACGAUUGGAACUUCCUGCAUGCGCUGUACUGCCUGCGUGAGAGGGCCUUCCUGCGGUUGGCGGCCCCCUGUGCGGAGCCCGCGCCGAGUGAGUGCGUCAAGGGGGAGGCCGACCAAGUUGUGGAGAGCCCCGAGGGGGGAGAAGAGAAAGAAAAGGAAGAAAAGGAAGAAAAAGAUGAAGAAAAAGGCGAAGCAAACGAAGCAGACGAAGAAGACGACGCAGACGAGAAAACAGCGCAGGGACGGCCAAGCGGAAAGGGCACGAAGGCUAAACUGAACUGGAAGGAAGCCGAGCCAGUGGAAAUGUGCCUCUGCCUAGACAACCGGGGGAGCGUAAACAAGAUGAGCAGGCGGCAGAUAAGCGACGCCAUAAACUUUUCCUAUUUUCUAAUCACCCGGAUAGUGCGGGGGGAGCGCAAGUGUGUGGAGGAGCAGGUGAACUACAUGAUCAGCUGCGCGCACGGGGAAGAAAGGGAGGCCACCGAUAAGCUGAGGGAACAAAUGGAAAGUCAAAACCACGAAGGUGUCGUAAGCCAAUUUAAAAACACCCUAACGGAACAUCCUCUCCUGAAGGAGUCCGAAGAAUUAACCAAAGGCAUGUGCCUCUUGCAGUUUAUAAAAGAAAACAUUAACAGCCACCAGCAGAGGAUCCUCCAGAUUGGAAAAGUAAAGGUGGAGUGGAGCCAAAACUUCAGGGCGAUUCUGCUCAGCUGCUACAUUUUGCUGGGCUAUGACUACUCCCUCUUUGGUGCUCAGAACAACUUGGAGGACGCCGAGUGGGGCCAACUCUCCCCGUGUGUGAAUGCCUUCCUCAUCGAUAAGCUGACGUCGUUUGACCCGCUGCUCUCCUUCGGAGAAAAACCAACCGAGGAGCUGCUCCAAAUGGACGCGCUGCUAGAUGAAGUCUCCUCCUCUAAAAAGAAAAAGGCCCCCCCUCAAAUGGAAAGCAUAACUACUUUUGGGCUAACCCUCUUAGGUCACUUCAACCAAGUGACGAAGGACAUUUUAAAGGCGAUUCUCAAAGUGAAGGAAGAACAGCCUGCCAGUGCUGCUUGA